GCGGGGAGAGGUGGAGCUGGGCUUCAGCCCCAACCCCAAGGCGGAGACGAGCCUGUGGGCGCCUGAGCGCAGCCCUGGGCACCUUUUUCCAAGUGAUCUUUUCUACCCUUGUAAAGAACGUCCUUCCUCUCUUUGGACUUCCUUUUCUCUUUAUCCUUUUGGCUUUUUCAACCUCCUCACUGCGGAACCUCCCUCACCUUUGUUCUCAGGUGCCCUGCCCCGCCUCGGCAACCUUUGCACACACUCUCGCUCUCAGUCCCCUUCUUCCGGAGUACCUCUCCUCUCUCCGUCCCCUCAGGAACUCUUCGCUAAUAGUCUUUCUUCCCUUCCUCGCUCUUCUGCUCUCUUCGUCUUCCUCCCCCUGGCCAACCCCUGUCCCUACCAUUGUACCCUAGUUGUCCUGUUGCUCAGCACACCCACACUUCCACUUUCCUGUGCCACCUGUUCUUCCCCGAGUUCCCUAGAGAUUCACUGCUUUCCCCCGCUGUUCCAUGCACCUCGCGGCCGAAGACCGGGAGGGCAGAGACACUUCUUGAGCCCGUCCCUGCGAGAAACCCUUGGUUUUAGUCAAAUAUCGUCUAUUAAAGGAAGACAAACCUGAAGUGGAAGUGGAAAUCUAACAAAUGAAGACACAGAACCUACUUCGGUUGAUUCAAAAUGGGAACAACAGGUGAUGAGAUGGUGUCUAUGGACCACACCUGCUCUUCCUCCUUCAAUCCUCUGUGUUUUGAAUGUGGCCAGCAGCACUGGACAAGAGAGAAUCACUUGUAUAAUUACCAGAAUGAGGUGGAUGAUGACCUGGUCUGCCAUAUUUGCCUUCAGCCUCUGCUCCAGCCACUAGAUACCCCCUGUGGACACACAUUCUGCUGCAAGUGCCUCAGAAACUUCUUGCAAGAGAAAGAUUUCUGUCCAUUGGACCGCAAAAGACUUCACUUUAAGUUGUGUAAGAAGUCUAGUAUUCUAGUUCAUAAACUCCUGGACAAAUUAUUAGUGUCAUGUCCAUUUUCUUCCAUGUGCCAAGAUGUAAUGCAACGCUGUGAUCUGGAGGCACAUCUUAAAAACAGGUGUCCAGGAGCUUCUCAUUGGAGAGUUGCCCUAGAGAGAAGAAAAACUAGUAAAACUCAGGCAGAGACUGAGAACGAGAAUGGAACCACUCUACUAGAUCUCCCAGGUACCCUGUCACCCGAACCAGACUGCUCAGGGACAGGCCCGGGGCCCGCCGAGCGGAGCCUGACCUCAGCCUCUCUUCCUGCGUGGACCGAGGAGCCUGGCCUGGACAACCCUGCCUUUGAGGAGAGUGCCGUUGCCGACACCACACAACAGCCACCUGGUUUACCAGAAGGCGAAAUCACCACGAUUGAAAUUCACCGUUCUAACCCUUAUAUUCAAUUAGGAAUUAGCAUUGUGGGUGGCAAUGAAACACCACUGAUUAACAUUGUUAUUCAGGAAGUCUAUCGGGAUGGGAUAAUCGCCAGAGAUGGAAGACUCCUUGCUGGAGACCAGAUUCUUCAGGUCAACAACUAUGAUAUUAGUAAUGUGUCCCACAAUUACGCCAGAGCUGUCCUUUCGCAGCCCUGCAGCGCCCUGCAGCUCACUGUGCUUCGAGAGAGACGCUUUGGUAACCGAGCACAUAACCAUUCUGAUGGGAACUCUCCACGAGAAGAGAUUUUCCAUGUGGUUCUUCAUAAACGGGACUCCGGUGAGCAGCUCGGCAUCAAACUCGUACGAAGGACAGACGAGCCCGGAGUUUUUAUCCUUGACCUGUUGGAAGGGGGGCUUGCCGCACAGGAUGGGAGGCUCAGCAGCAACGAUCGCGUGCUGGCCAUCAACGGGCACGAUCUGAAGCACGGGACUCCCGAGCUGGCCGCGCAGAUCAUUCAGGCUAGUGGGGAGAGGGUGAAUCUAACGAUUGCUAGACCAGGGAAGGCCCAGCCGGGUAACGCUGUCCGAGAAGCCGGAGUUCCGAGCAGCAGCCAGCACCAGGCACAGGCGCUAUAUUACAGCAGGCCCAGCUCACAUAAGGAUCUUACCCAGUGUGUUACGUGCCAGGAAAAACACAUCACUGUAAAGAAGGAGCCGCACGAGUCCCUCGGAAUGACCGUUGCUGGGGGCAGAGGCAGUAAGAGUGGCGAGCUGCCCAUCUUUGUGACCAGCGUGCCGCCUCAUGGCUGCCUCGCACGCGACGGCAGGAUCAAGAGAGGUGAUAUAUUACUGAAUAUCAAUGGCAUUGAUCUGACCAGUUUAAGUCACAGUGAGGCUGUUGCUAUGCUGAAAGCCAGUGCUGCAUCCCCCACUGUUGCGCUUAAAGCACUUGAGGUGCAAGUUGUUGAGGAGGCCACGCAGGCCACGGACGAGCAACCAAGCACGUUCAGUGAAAACGAGUAUGAUGCCAGCUGGUCCCCAUCCUGGGUCAUGUGGCUUGGGCUUCCAAGUUCCCUUCACAGCUGCCAUGAUAUAGUUUUACGACGGAGCAACUUGGGAAGUUGGGGCUUCAGCAUUGUUGGUGGAUAUGAAGAGAACCACACCAAUCAGCCUUUCUUCAUUAAAACCAUUGUCUUGGGAACACCUGCUUAUUAUGACGGAAGAUUAAAAUGCGGAGAUAUGAUCGUGGCCGUGAAUGGCCUGUCAACAGUGGGCAUGAGCCAUUCUGCACUCGUUCCCAUGUUGAAGGAGCAGAGGAACAAAGUCACUCUGACCGUUAUUUGCUGGCCUGGCAGCCUGGUGUAGAUUUUGAAAUUAAUUCUGAGUUAAACAUCUUUCUUUUCAUAGGUUUUGGAAAGAAAACUCUUUAGUUUUAUUAUGUUUCCAGUUGUUCAGAGCCACUGACAAAGCUGGUAUUUACAGGGCCCAUAACCACUAACAUUGUCCUUCCGUUGUUAUUUAAGUGGUUUUCCAAGUGAGCCACAUUUCAUUCAGCUUGGAAACAGUCUUCCACUAAUCCUGUGAGUUCAUAUUUUCAAAAUGUGACCAACGACAAUGAAGUCUGCCCAAACUGUGAUCCAGCCGGCUAGAUUAGAGGACUUUUGGUGCCUCUUUAUUUUCGCUGACUGAGUCACAGAGGAGUUACACGUGCCCAAGGCCAGUGUUGGUGAAGAGACUAGCAGUAGCAUUUGCUCUUGCUGAUACACCAGUGCUGCGAAUGGAUACGUUCUAAAUGCAGGUGGUAACUGUCUCCCAUUGUUCGUAGGUGCCAACAUUUCACAACUUCAGGCUGCUUGCAAAGUGAUUUUUCCAGUUUAUUUCUUCAGUCUCUCAGUGUUCAUAGAUGUUGAAAAUACAAGUUUAACACCACAAAAGAGAUUUAUAAAAAAUAACAUACCAUUAUUAGAAUAGUAGAGAAUGAAAGAUAAUUUUACCCAGCAAUGGGAAUUUGGGAGAUAAUUAUAGUUUACUGCUGGAGAUGGUUAAAAGCUGCAUUUACUUGAACAGUCCAAAAGCAUUAAAGAUUCCCUUCCAAAGGAAUGUUUUAUAUAGGAAAAGUUUGAAGCAGUUUUUGCUGAGAAUAAUUUUCUAGAGUUUGUAUUAUCCUUGAAUCAGCAAACUUAGCUGGAAAUGUUUCGGUGAUUUAUGCAAUUAAAUUAGAUGAUAAAGCUAAAACCAUAUUGCUUUUCAGUACAUAUAUAUCACAGCUAAGUAGAGAGAAGCUACACCUUUUUUAUCUUAUUCUGCUUAGAUUCCUGAGUGUUGUAGGAACUCAUUUUUCCACAUUAUUUCUUUACUUAUGAACUUAAUUGUUUUAAGAAAAAGCUCUGUGUUUUUUUAAUCUGAAAUAGUAAGUUUUAGAUGUGAAUAUCUUUCAAUCAGUUUUUGGUCAUUAGGCUAUUUCAUUUUUGAGAUGUUUUUGAAAACUGUGACCAGCCCAUUUUGUUUGUCCUUUAUUCAGUAUGAUUGUCUUUUGAACACAUAAAGGAGUGAAUAAGAGGAAAAUGUUCCUACCGUAUUAAUAUUAUGCAUACUUGAAAAAAGUGUCAUUAGAAACCGAGUUCAGAAUCUGAGCUAAUUUACAAGUGACCUUUGUCACACAUGGCAUCGUGGUCGAUGGUUGGAGAACAAGUUUCCGAACACCGCUUUGUGUUCUGCAGCGCGGCGACUUCGUUUCUAACUCAGCAGCUGCGUUGCUGGGGCUCAUUGUAUUCUAGCAUGUCACUGAUUAUUCCAGUUAGUUUUAUAAUGAUUUUUUAAAAUACAUCUCUUUUGAAUAACUAAGAGAUGUUGUUGUCAAUAGUUGUUGCCAGCUUUUUCCACCCCUUCGCCACACUGUAGCCUACAGAUGACCGAGGCAGUGGAAUGCCCCGUGCAGUACAUUACUGUCGCGUCGUGAUUGGCUUUGGAAGCAAUUUGAUAUUGAAGUGUUUCGAUGCCCUGACACCAAACAAGUUUUUUUUUCAUGCUCUCCAAGUAGAAUUUUGUAACCCACUUUGCUAUUUUUUUAAACAUUUUGUAAGAAUGUGUCAUUCCUUGGGGAGUAGUCAUCCAUCAACAAAUAUCCAAACUGCUACUUUGUUAUAUAUAAAAUACUUUUAUUGAAUCCAAUGAUAUAAUAAGUAUUUUGAAAGAAGAAACUUUUUUCAAUAUUAUUCAGUAUUUUUAUCAUGGAAAUCUUGAAAUCAGCUUAAGCUAAUUUGGUUUUAUUACAAAAGACUAUAUAGCUUUUGGUCAGAAUGAUAUUUGGUGAUGGAAAUGUGUCUAUAGUUUAUUGUUACUGUUGAAACAUUUGAAUUUGAAUUUUGUCAUUUGAAGCUUAUAAGUAGUUAAAUAUUUCAAUUUGUUCUGUGCCUUCAGUUUAAAUUAUUUCAGGAUUUUUUCAGUUAAGUUUAAAUAAUGGUGUGAUAAUCUUUCUUCAUGGAAAUAAAAGUCAUCGGUUCCAUAAUAGCAACAUUGUAUCUUUUCUUGAACAGUAGAUGUUGACUCAGUGUGUGAUGUUUGUUUUUGUUCGUGGCGCCACUGUCAUCAUUACAAUACCCCCAGCUUGAAAUCUCAGGGUCACUCGUCCACCUUCCAGGCCUCUUUCGCGGAGGCAGAAUACACGUGACCCCCGCUGACUCCUGCACGUUUUGCCUGUGCAGAGCCUCCAGGCAUGUGGCGACCGCAUACCUCCCUAAAAUGCGACCAGUUACUUAUGUUGAAAUAAAAAAUACCUUGGGUAUAUUGAACUAUACAACCUAUAUUAUUAAAGUUCAUUUCACCCAUCAGUUUUUACUUUUUAAAACAUGGUUACCAGGAGACCGAGGGGCGUGCGGCCCUCCCAGCCUUUCUGUCGCACGGCAGCCGCUGCGCUCUCCUCGCCUGUUCCCUGGCACCACACUGACCAGCCAGGCGGUCCUGACGUGGCUCCUCUUCUGGAACUUUGAUCAUUCCCUUCAUUAAGAAAUUAUUUAAUUAAAAGAAAGAAAGUUGUCCCUGGCUUUUUCGUAAAUUGAGUUCAAAGCAAGACCACUGUGUCUGACUCCUAGUCUGGUUCCAGACAACUCUGUAGUCCCAUCGAGCCCCCAGCACCCCGGCCCACACCUGCAUGCUGCCCCCCGUGCACACACUUGCACCCUCUGCCACUUCCCACGGUGCCCGCCCUCUGCGCCUCUCACACGGCCCGCAU